CACCUCCCUCCCUCUCUCUCUCUCUUCCCCCAAAAACCUCCAUAACUCAAACAGGUCCCUUCUCUCUCUCUCUCUCUCUCUCUCUCUCUCUCUACAAUUUCCACACCAAGCAAACAAAACGUACACACUCUGUGUGUACCAUAAACCCAGCUAAAUACCGUCAAUUUCUUCCAUGUCUAAUUCCGAAGCGCCCAAUAACGAGCUCACUAACGGCGGCGGCGGAGGAGGGAUGGUGGAGCAGCAGGCGUCACAGAGGCCGUCUAGUAACGGCGUCUUGUCCGUGAAGAAGCCGCCUUCGAAGGACCGCCACAGCAAGGUCGACGGGCGAGGCCGCCGCAUCCGCAUGCCCAUCAUAUGCGCCGCACGUGUGUUCCAGCUCACACGUGAGCUCGGCCACAAGUCCGACGGCCAGACCAUCGAGUGGCUCCUCCGCCAGGCCGAGCCCUCAAUCAUCGCUGCCACCGGAACUGGCACCACCCCGGCCUCCUUCUCCACGGUCUCCGUCUCCCUCCGCGGCGGCGCCCCCUCCUCCGCCCCCUCUUCCACCACCACCUCCGACCAUAAGCCUCACCUCCUCGGCGGCCCCACCCCCUUCAUACUUGGCAAGCGCGUCCGCGGGGCCCGCGACGACGACAACGGCAACCACAACCACAGCCACGACGCCAAGGACCCCUCCGACCACGCCAACGACGGAGCCGUCUCCGUCGUCGGCCACUCCAUGGCCUCCAUGCUUGGCCCCACCGCGGGGGGUCCUGGCGGCUUCUGGGCCCCGCACUUCGGGCAGGUCUGGAGCUUCGCUGCCACGCCGCCGCCGGAGAUGAUGGCCCAGUCGGCGGUUUCCCACCAGCAACACCAGCAACACCAGCAGCAUCAGCAGCAGCAGCAUUCGUUGUUCUUACAGCAACAGCCGAUGGGCGAGGCCUCCGCGGCCAGAGUGGGAAAUUACCUUCCAGGACAUCUCAAUUUGUUGGCUUCUUUGUCGGGCGGGCACGGGAAUUCUGGUCGGAGAGAAGACAACCCGCGUUAAAGACCCGGAUUAUAGACCGGCGGUUUCUGGUGGUUGGUUCGUGCUGGUGGUGGUGUGCUUUGUUGGUAUAUAUAAAUAUGUGGUUGGUGAUGGGUCAUUUUACAAAUUCUCUCGACUUAUGCAUAACAUUUUUCUGGGCAAUGGUAUUCUCCUGGACUUGAACAGGGGCUCGACUUCUCCCCCUUCGCAGCAACUUUCCGUUUUUGCUGCACUUUCCUACUGUUGGAUGGCCAAUACCACUCCCAUCUGGGGAGCAGCACACUACACUAAACUGGAAACUGAAUCAGUUUUCUGAUGCUUGGUUUGUUGCCUGUAAAAAGAAAAAAGCAUGUUGGAUGAAGUCGGGUCAAUUAUGCAAGCAAACUUGAAGCACUUAUCUCCUACAACAUGGGGUUAGAUGGUUUUUGUUAAUGUUUGUUAAUAUAUAUUGAAGUCAAAGUUCACGUUGAAGUACUGGUUUUCAUGGUGUGCUGUUCAAUUAGAUUUUCGGAACCGAUGCUUCCAUCUGAUAAUAAAAUCAAAGUGAUCCAUCAUAUUGAAACCCUAAUGCUGUGUGAUGUAGCAACGCAGAAGUGCUUGAUACUUGCAAUUUGCUUC